UUUUCUCAGAAAAGGGCCAGACCUUGAGCGCCAGGCCAUAACCGAACGUCCCGUACGUCACAGUCUUACAGCAGCGUACGAGUUGAAGUGUAGCUCUGGAUCACGGAGUCCGGCGUAGACGCUGAAGGAGCUGUGAGAGAACUCCACCAUGCUGAAGAAGGUGCUGCUGUUCGCUCUGGGUGGAGCGGCUGUCUUCACUGUAGGGAUCCUGAUCGGGCAUUUUGGGAUCAAGAAGAACACCUCGGCUCCGUUGCCCGAGUGGGUGCAUGAGGUGGCUCAGGACGUGGACGAGAACCUCGUCGAGAAGUUCAUCGCUCAGGUGGACACCACGCAGAUUCGGGAAAACCUCCAGGCGCUGACCCGUGUCCCCCACAUGGCCACCACGGCCGGGGACGAGGCCACAGUGGAAUACAUGCUGAAGCGAUGGCAGGACAAAGACACGGGGCUGGACGCCGCAUGGAGGGAGGAUUACAGAGUUUAUCUGUCCUUCCCGGACAAAGACAAGCCGAAUAACGUCACUGUGGUAAGAGGUUCUGAAGUCCUGGCCUCCAUACGAGAAAAAGAGAAGGCGUAUUAUCCGGAGCAGAACGAUCCGGACGUGGUGCAGCCGUACGCCGCUUUUGGACCUGCAGGACAUGCCAAGGGAAAACUUGUGUACGCCAACCAGGGGAAAGUGACUGACUACGUGCAUUUAAACAAUACCCUGGGCAGCUUAAAUGGAACAAUCGCCAUCGUCAGAUACGGAGGAGCAGGAAGAGCUGAUAAAGGCUUCAACGCGGCCCCUUUUGGAGUCGUCGGGGUGCUCGUCUACACAGAUCCCUAUGACAUCAAUGACGGGAAGAUGUCGGAUGAAAGUGAAACAUACCCCCACUCAUGGUACCUCCCGCCAUCCGGCGUCGAGAGAGGAAGUUACAAGACUAAAUUUGGAGACCAGCUGACACCGUACCUGGCUGCCAAAAAUGGCACAUACCGAAUUGAAGAGAAGGACAUCACUGGGGUUUCGCCCAUUCCCAUCCAGCCAAUAGGGUUUGAAGAUGCUAUGAAUUUAAUAUGCGAGCUUGGUGGAUCUGAGGCUCCUGAAACCUGGCAGGGCUCGUUCCUCUGCAAGUACAACUUUGGUGGACCGGGAUUCAAAGACACUUCUCGUUUUAAAGACUGUGAUGUGCAGCUGGACGUGUACAACAAGGCAGAAUUAAGAGACUCUGCAAACGUGAUGGGAGUGAUCUGGGGCAGUGUAGAGCCAGACAGGUACGUGAUCUAUGGGAACCACAGAGACAGCUGGGUACACGGUGCUGUUGACCCCAGCAGCGGGACAGCAGUCAUGCUGGAGAUCACCAGAAUCCUGGGCCAGCUGGUCAAGACAGGACAAUGGCGGCCUCGGCGGACGGUGAUCUUCGGCAGCUGGGGAGCCGAGGAAUUCGGUCUGAUCGGAUCUGCUGAAUAUGCUGAGGAGUACAUAAGCAAGCUGAGCCAGAGAACAGUGGCCUACAUCAACGUGGACAUCUCUGUGUUUGCGAAUGCCACACUGAGUGCCUCGGCCAGCCCCGUAGCACAGCACGUCAUCUUCGCUGCCUCCAAACAGGUGAAGAUACCUGGAUCAGACACUGUAUCCGUCUACGAUAACUGGAUGCAACAUUCCAACCGGUCGAGUCCCACGUACGGACUCAUCCCCAGGAUGGGAUACCUGACAGGAGCAGGAAGUGACUAUGCUGCCUUUAUGCAUUACCUGGGAAUAUCCUCCAUGGACAUCUCCUACACUUAUGACCGGAGCAAAACCAGAGCACGUAUCUACCCUGCAUACCACACUGCGUACGACACGUUCGACUACGUGGACAAAUUCAUUGACCCAGGCUUCACCAGUCACCAGACGGUCGCGAGGACGGCGGGGAACGUCCUGUUGCGACUAGCCGACAGCAUUUUACUGCCCUUUAAAAGUAGCGACUACGCCGAGACUCUCGAGCAGUAUCUUAGCGUAGCCGUGGAGAACUUUGACGCAGAACUGACGGCUAAUGACAUCUCCAUGGAACCUUUAAAAGAAGCGGUGAAAUCAUUCCGGAGUGCAGCCCGGAGUCUGGAGGAGACCAUCAGCAGUUCGGAUGUCGUGAGCAACUCGCCGCUGAAAGCUCGCAGAAUCAAUGACCAGCUCAUGUUGUUGGAUCGAGCGUUCCUGAACCCGCUUGCCUUCCCUGACAAAUAUGGAUUCAGGCACGUGAUCUGGGCGUCCCGCUCCUCCGGUCUGGCCACGUUUCCAGGUCUGGGAGACGCCGUGAUGGAAGCGAGGACGAGCGGCCUGAAGCAGGACUGGGCUCAAGCGCACAAGCACCUGUCCAUCGUCACGCAGGCCAUCUCCGGCGCGGCACACACUCUCGUUGAAGCACACGCUGCCCUGUAACACACGGCUUCAUCAAAGCAGCACACACAAGAUGUUUUCUUUUGUUGUUGUACAUAAAUCUUUUGUAUACGGUCCUAAUUGUAUAAAAGAAGUCAUUUAAUAACUAGCAACGGGAAUAAAUAAUAAAAGAAACUCAUACAUAAACAGGUGAUGAAAUCUUUCCAGGCAUGAUUUAUUGAAAACACACCAAAAGUGAUACCCCUACAAAUCUCCGCUGGAUUUCUAACAAGUGCCGCGUCUCCCGUCAGGGGGUGUGUGUGUGUGUGGGGAAGGGGGGUUAGUAAAAUGAACGGAAUACAUUCUGGAGCAUCGUGGCAUCGAGCACUACGAAAGCAUGAACGGCAUUCUCCUCUACGUCACUGAGUCCGUUUAGUGUGUCAAUAGAAUACAAUGUAAAACACGACGCAAAAAAACCCAAACAAACAAACCCACCACCAGUCUAGACUACACUGAGGACACGGAGUGAGAGAAAGGAGGGGGAAACAAAGAGCUUAAUAGAAAACACAGUUAUUCUCGAUCUAACACAGAGAAGGGUUAAGGCACAUAUGAUAGUUACAAACACGUUUGCUACCGAGUUGUACAUUUACCGUGUGUGUGUGUGGAUUUGAGUGAUAUCUACAAAGGUAGGUCUCGAUUCCACUUUUUUUUUUUCCUCCAUUCUUUUUCUGUAAAUAUACAAUCUUAUUCACGCUCGUAAAUCCACCUUCAGAAUAUACAAUCCCCAAAGUCCUUUGGUUGUGUACUGUGGAAAAGAAUAGAAAAGGCUGUAUGGACUGGGGG